AUCGGUCAUACAACAAUCGAUCCGAUAAUUAUCGAUACUAUUGCUUAUUUGUUAUCAUCGAUUAGUAAAUAUUUGUUAUUGCGAUGAAGUUGUCGGUAUCCGCGUAUCGGGCUCAUGCGAGCGCGCACAAGAAGAUCCUGUCGUCCAGUUACCAGCUGAACUACGGUUCUACGGGGAGUGCCAGUUCCAGCGGAGUGCACUGCGCUGACACGGCCCAACGUGUACUAACGCAAUUGGACAAAUCUGGCCCUGCAACUGGCGAAAUGUCCGAGGGAGACGCGUCCGCGGUCAAAUUGCUACCGGAUACUUCCGACGGUAGCAAUUUGCCCACAUCCUCCGGAGCAGGUUCGACCGCCGUCACCGGAACCCUGUCGCCGCAGUCCGCCACUGGAGGCGGCUCCUCUGCCCGAUCAACUUCCAGAGAAGAAGACGAGGAAGAUUCCAGUAACAAUGCUAGCAGUGGCGGAUGUAAGAGCCCUUCGGGGAGGAGAUACGAUUCAGGGAACAAAUCGAACCAGCGAUGGAUGAAAUUGCGAACAACUGUUCAGCUAACAUCUGCAAUACAGACGAUACAAAAGAAGCCUCCUUUGAAACGAGAAGAUUCCUUCCUCAAACGAUUCUCCACUAGACAGAUUCCGGAAACACAGGAGACGGUUGAAGACACGG